AAUGAGCCCUCCAACGACUGACUCUCCACUCACUGGCUACACCUUCCCUGUAACUGAAUGAUCCGUCCGAAAAUCAUAGUGGUUACAGAACUCAUUCUCUACCAUUGGUAGCGGUUCGAUCUCCCCUCUUCCAUGGCCCUCUCUUGCUUCUUCUUCUAGACCGGUCUAUAUUUUCACCUGGGGUAGAUAAGCUCGCUUAGCAGUCGCACAACGCCAGCCAGACCCCCUGUUCACUCUUAUUUCUUUUCAUUGCUUAGAGAACAGCAAUUACACAUUAUACAUCUCUUACAGUUGCUAGCAAGAACGUCUCCUCAGCUCUAAACUAUGCCUCGGCGCCCUGGCAGCUGGAUCGCUGUCCACGACACAUCCAGCGAGAUGCGCAUGCUCUACGUUUCCUCCAACGCAAAGAACAUCAUCGACCACGAACCCAGCGAGUGCAUCGGCCGCCCAAUCAACGACUUCUUGACAUCUGACUGCGCCAUAUCAUAUACAGACAAGUUUGCCAGCCGGACCUCCGACAACAUCACUGUCGGCUACAUUACCAUGUACGGCCCCAUCCCCAACACCGACCCAUUUGUGAUCCGCAUAAUCUCCUUUAUCUGCGACAGCAUCCACUUUAUGGUCGGCUCCUACCAUCCAAUCUACGAGCACAUGCUCGAGCGCGAGCGCGGGCGUGUGCGCCGCUUCCGCUUCGCCGCUGAAGACGAGGCGCGCCAGACCACUAUGCGCCAAAUCCAGCAGGCCAUCCACAAUGAAGGCAUGGAGCUAGACAGCCAGGUACCGGGCGCCGCGAAUUCUGCGCCAGGGCACGGUGCCCAGAGAUCGCCCGUGCCUGUACAGUCGUGUGUGAUCCUAGAUAAUCUGCAACCCUCCAAUGGUUUGGCGCCGCUGGGCCCUGAUAUUUUAUUUGUGACAAACAGCAUUGAGCAGAUCAUCAACAAGGACGCCAGCGACCUGCAGGGCACAUCGUUUCUGACGCAUGUCGCGCCUGCCGAUGUCCUGAAAGCAGGCGAAUUUUUGCAGAAAAUUGCAAGCAGUCCAGAUGUUGCCUUUGUGACAUUGGAUAUGCUCCUGGGUAAUAUCUCUACUACUGGCCAUAUGCCGGAUCCUAUACAGCAGCAGAAAUGUAUCAAGGUCGAGAUCAUGGGCAGUGGGUCCGAGGACGGGGCUAUUUUGCUGCUACAGCCUGCCCAGACUCUGCGGUUGCGACGGGUGUGUCGAGGAGGAACACCCAUAGAUGGUGAUUGUGAUGUGGGCUCGGGAUACAUGUCGCUUGAAGAGCUCAUUUCGUCUGAGGCAGAGACCAGCGGAUAUGACAGCGCCUGGCAAAGUCACAGAUAUGACUGAAUAUAUAUUGCUAUCCUUACUCC